GUAGCUCGACUUGUAGUUUCUCGUGGAACAGGCUGUAGAACAGGGUUACUGGAGUUAGUCAUCUUACAAUCGGAGUAUGUCACACCGGGUUGAAGGGCUCCGGCAAACGUACGAAGGGUAAUCAAGAAGAUACAAAGGCGAUACCAGACUAAAACAUAACGUUUCAUAACUUUUGAACUAACAUCAAAACGCGCGCAAUGAGUUCUAACGAGCACUCACUUCAAGCUUUGUCAUGGAGAAAACUUUACUUGAGUCGAGCUAAACUUAAAGCGACCAGCAGAACCUCUGCCCUGCUCUCCGGCUUUGCUAUGGUAGCGAUGGUGGAAGUUCAGUUGGAGGACGAUCACUAUUACCCUCCUGGCCUAUUGAUUGCUUUCAGUGCCUGCACAACAGUGUUGGUGGCCGUCCACCUCUUUGCCUUGAUGAUCAGCACAUGUAUCCUUCCAAACCUGGAAGCCGUGAGCAACGUCCACAACCUCAACUCCAUAAAGGAAUCGCCACACGAGCGGAUGCACCGUCACAUCGAGCUGGCCUGGGCCUUCUCCACCGUCAUAGGCACCCUUCUGUUUCUUGCAGAGGUGGUUCUUCUCUGCUGGGUGAAGUUCCUUCCUCUGAAGAAUGUUAAACCUGACCCGCAAAAGAAUGAUAGUAGUAUAACCCCGGGGGAAGCCGCAGCAAUCGCCUCCACCGCCAUCAUGGUGCCCUUUGGCUUGGUGUUUAUCGUUUUCGCUGUGCAUUUUUACCGUUCGCUGGUCAGCCACAAGACAGAGCGCCAGGACGAGGAGUUGGAGGUUCUGGCCAAAAUCACACAGAUGCAAAACCAACUGGAUAACAGGGCAGAGUCUAAUUUUGCUUAGUCUACGCACUUAGAUGAGUCCUUGUUCUCACGCCAAACACUUUCCCAAAAUAUGGAAUGUUGCCACAAAUUAAUGGGACACUAGAUGGUAGGAAUCAGGGAUUCUGCAAUAUGUUAGUAUCACAAUAUUGUGAUGCCUUGUGUUUUUCUUGUUAACAUACAAACCUUGAUACCGAUGGGGAAUCUGACAGUUGUAACACCACGCUAUUGUAAACUGCCAUUAUCUGUUCACCCACAAAUAAUAGUAAGAAAUUUAAAGAAAUUUUGUUGUGAAUGCAAAAUUCCCUGCUGCUGUUGGUCUAAAAUUUCGCUCUCAACACUCUGGAUGCUUUCAGCAUAGAAAGUGUCGGUCAAAAACAGUGACAGUAACUGAAAAGUAAUAACCAUUUAAAAAUUUUGGCUUUUUUUCCAUUGAAUAGUAACACCAAAAUGUUUGCCAGAGCUGUUUGGUUAUUACAGUUCAAUUUCCAUAAGGCUAAAUUGCUACAUCCGAAUGCAUAGAACGCUUUAAUAUCGUUUUUCAGUAUUAUGAUAAUAGACUCAUUUUCUUUUCAUCUUAAUUGCACAAUGCAGAUAAAUCUAAAUACCGGUAAUUCAUAUAAGUCUAAAUAUAAGCACACUGUGUGACCGUUCAUUUUAAAAUGUGGUUAAUUGGCUCAGAGAUUUACCCUGGAAGGAUUUUAAAAAGGCUUUUCACGUUAUUAACCCCAGCCAAAGGAAAGUUUUACACUUGUAAUUUAGAAGCAGGGUUAAUCAAAUCAUUUGAAUUGUGACAGAGAAUGCGACAAUUGGACUGACAACGUUUCAUUCUUGCCUUUUAUUGCCUGUACUGAGUUCGUCCAAUCAGUGACACUGACACAAAAAGGCUAGCCCAGGGUUUAGUCAUUGUAAUGAGUGAAACGUUGGUUAAAAGGUUUAGGUAUCGUUUGAAUUUAAUCGAUUCCAAUUCUACUUAUCGAUUCCGAUUUUUACCGAUUCCCAGUUUCGAUUCUAAAUUUUUUUAUAUUUUUUUUAAAGAGACGCACACACAAAGAAAAUAAAAAUAAUUGUCAAACAUUUAGAUAUCUAACUUACUCAUUCUGAGUCUUUUUACAAAACAUUGCAGAUUUGAACAACACUCAGGAGCAUUUCCCUACAAACCAGGAACACACCAAGCCGACGGUCGGCUGUCAGGCAACGUCAAGCCGUUUUUACGCCUCGGCCGACUGAUUUAUACUUCUGCGUUGGACCUACGGCGGAGCCUCUACGCUAUAGACUACUAUUGUCGCGUUGCAGAGGGAGCAUGUGAAACGCGGGGAGCGGUUCUAGCAGACCAAUCACAACGCUUGCGGUACGUGUAAAAUUCACGCGUUGUUACAUUUUUGGAGAGGUGCACGUCAUCACGCUGCUGAUCCACAUGUCCGUGCGACACUUCUGUUGCGCCGUGCUCCAAUUUUUUCCUAUGGGUGACGUCACGUGACUUUCACACGCCCGCUAAGCAUCCCGGGAAUGCGGCGCUUCAUUUGGAAAAAUGCUGCGCGUCAAAAAGCUGGCCGAUGCCCAUCUUUAUGCAAAUGAAUUCCGUUGAACGCGCCGCGACUAUCCAAUAGAAAUAGAGCAUAUGGAGACGGGAGGAAGUCUCUCGUAGGUCCUCUGUUCUAGACUGGCCGCUGGCUCAAAACCACGGCCAUAGCGGUAAACAGAGGAACGCCCAUCAAAGUACAAAUGUGGGGAGGCGUCGCGACAACACGCGACUGUCGUGUCGGACAAGUGGAUCUCUACCGUCAGCCAGCUUUUUUUGUCGUGCAACAAUUUUUUAAAUGAAGCACCGCCUUCCCGGAAUGCUUUGCGGUCGCGACAAAGUUGCAUGACGUCACCCAUAGGAAUAAAGCGUUGCGCGGCGCGACACAGGGGUCGCACGGACAAGUGGAUCAGCACCUUUGCGGUAGUUUUCAUUAGCGGUAGUUUUUUUGGCGUCGGGUUGGUGCGUCCCUUAUGGUUUAAUAAAAA